AUGUGUGCAAGUCACAAUUUCUUCUUCAAACAGGUGGGAGAUAUGGCUAUAAAAGCUCCCAUCCAGGAAUCUGUGAUUUCUUCGUUCAUAAACCAAUAUAAGCAAAAUGAGUAUGAAGAUCUGGCGAAGAGAGCUGCAGAUUCAUGCAAACAUGUCCUUUUGGAGAACGACAUACCCCAUCAAAUUUGGAGCCGCGGCAAGGAUCCCGAAAGCCUUCGAAAAAAGCUCGAGCAACGCGAGCACAAAAACGGCACGUACAGAACUCUGGAGCAUAUUUAUAAUGACAUCGUCGAUCUUGCCGGGGCUCGCAUUAUUCUCGAUAGAUGGGAAGAUCGUGAUUCCGUCAACGCCAUUAUAUACCAAAUUUUCGAGGUGAAAAAGGAGGAAUAUAAGAAAGAAGAAAGUGGAUAUGAAGCAGUGCAUUAUCGGGUGUACCUGAAGCAAGGCGGGUACCUGCGUGGUUCCAAUAUGACAGAGAUGAGGCCGCUGGUUGAAAUCCAGGUUCAAUUCUUGUACAUGGCGCAAUGGGCCAAAGUGGAACAUAGCUCUCGGUAUAAAACAUCCGUAGAGCCUAAUCAAGCGUUAGAAAACAGUCUCGAUAACCUUGUUCAGAUCGCCCAUCUUCACGAGAGAUUUGCUCGGCAAACCAGGGAAGAGAGGAGAAGACAGGAGGCAAAGCAGAAGGAAAAGUUCAGCGACGUCAAUCACGUUGGCCAUUAUCUAAAGAAGUGGAUUCGCGAUAGUAAGAAUGCUGCGCACUGGGCAAAAGAUGAAGUCGAAGCCAAAAACACAGGAUCAGCCACAGCGCUGACAAUAUUUUUGGAUGCUCGGGAGUGGAGAACUCCCGAGUCUCUAAAUCAGUUGCUCCAAGAACACUUUAGUGAAGGCGCACCGGAUGAAUACUCGAGUAUCGCAAAGAGCUAUGCCGGCAUCAAAAUGAACCUCAUUAUUUACCUCAUGGAUCGCAUCGUCCUGAAACGCGAAAUUCAUAAUGCGCAUAGUUUUCAAGUCCCCAAGAGCCGUGAAGAACAUGCCUACAAGAUCGAGGUUAUUCUGAGCACGUUCAUCUGGAUCAAUCGUCUCUUUUCACCAACCUUUGAAUGGCAGCGUUUGUUCACGCGUCUCAAAGACCAGGAGAUCCUUCGGCAGGGCAUCCUUUGGCUUGGAAGCGGGGUUCGGCAAGACCGCAUCAGAGAAGGAGCCUCGUUGACGAAAAACGAGGUCAGAGAACUAAACAGAUUGUGGGAUUGGUUUAGCAGCAAUCCCGACAGACCAAUUAUGUUUGUUUUCACGAUGUCGAAUCAGGGGGUAGUUAGAAAUAUCCCAAAAGAAAGGGAUGAGGUGGAAGAUGCCCUUGGGCCACUGUGUCGGGCCCUGGGUCACGCUCCAGUGUGGUUCUGA